AUGCCGGACGAAAGGCACCGCUUAGUGGUGCUUGGGUCGUCAAGAGUUGGUAAAACUUCCAUUAUACGCCAGUUUCUCAACAAAGAAUUUUCUGAAAAGUAUAAAGAGACAGUCGAAGAUAUAUACUCUAAACGAAUUAAAAUUCAGGAUGAAGUCAUUCCGCUGGAAAUUCUUGACACCAACUUUAACUUUCCGGAUAUGCGUAAAGUGGCAAUUGCUUCAGCAAGCGCAUUUUUACUUGUUUUUGCCGUUGACGAUGUUCAGAGUUUUAAAGAAAUGAGCGAUGUAUGGAAUGAAAUUUGUGAAAGUCGUACUGACCUUCGAGAUUUGCCGACUGUGGUUGCUGGAAAUAAAUGUGAUUUAUCUACUAAAAAGAUUUUUGAAGCAACUGCAACUGCAUGGACCUCACGCCUAAAUGCCAAUAUUCGUUAUUUAGAAACCUCAGCAAAAACAGGCGAAAAUAUUACCAACGUCUUUCGAACGCUUUUGGAGCUUAGCGGUCUUACUUUUUUAAAGGUAAAUAAGGUAAAAAUUGAAAAAUCUGAAAAAAGUGAAACGGAUGAAAAGGGGAACUCUGAAGUUGGUGAAGAUGCUCCACGUUUGUUAGGUCGUUCCAAAAGUCUUAUUCGACGAACCAAACACCUUUCUCUGAAGAUCCGGAAAAGUUCUGAUAAACAAUUGUGUGGACAUGAUGAAAAUGAUGACUGCAAAGUUUCUUGA